UCUCUCUCUCUCUCUCUCUCUCUCUCCUGUCUGUAAACAAAAUCUGCCAUGUAGCGCUACAUUCUGCCCCUUUUCUACCCACACACUCGGUCUCCCUUGAGUAGGACGCCGUAGUUUGAGGUGUGUUGUGUUCUAAAUCCCGCGGGUCGUCGUGUCUUGUCUCUCCGCGUCGUUGUAAAUGUCCCCCGCGGUGCAGACGGCGCUCCUCCCGGCCGUGUGACAGGCGCUUUCCCGGGCAGAGCGAUGGCCGCACCUGCAGAGCAGGAUCUCACCUUGUCGGAGGCGGAUUCUGGGAAAGACAAAUCGCAGGUUUUUGGUGUUCUCCGUCUGCAGGAGGAGAGUAAAAGCGGUGGUGAGAAAGCAGCGAGCAGCGUUAGUGCUAACAGCAGCAGCAGCAGAACAGACCUGAGAUGGCAGGCGCCCAUAUUCGCGUUAGCUCGUAAAGCCUCAGAAACGCUUUCAAGCGGAAUUCACGUCCUGCCCAAAGUGUCCGAGCCUAAAGUGUGUCCUUUCUCGGAGGAAUGGAGCGUCAAGGCCUUCCGGGAUCCUAUGGCUAUGGAGAGGGCCAACUUGCUCAACAUGGCCAAGCUCAGCAUUAAAGGGCUGAUCGAGUCGGCUCUGAGCUUUGGUCGAACGCUGGACUCUGAUUAUCCCCCACUGCAGCAGUUCUUUGUAGUCAUGGAGCACUGUCUGAAACACGGGCUUAAAGUGAAGAAGACGUUUCUUGGAUACAAUAAGUCUCUGUGGGGGCCUCUGGAGAUGGUGGAGAAGCUGUGCCCAGAGGCAGGGGAGAUUGCAGCAAGUGUUCGAGACUUACCCGGCCUCAAGACUCCGCUGGGCCGAGCGAGGGCUUGGCUGCGACUGGCACUGAUGCAGAAGAGAUUAGCGGACUAUCUACGUGUACUCAUCACCAGGAAAGACAUACUGAGUGAUUUCUAUGAAAGCUCGGCAGUCAUGGUGGAGGAGGAGGGAGCCGUCAUCGUCGGCCUCCUGGUGGGACUCAACGUCAUCGAUGCCAACCUGUGUGUGAAGGGCGAGGACCUGGACACCCAAGUUGGGGUGAUUGACUUCUCCAUGUAUUUAAAAAAUGAUAUUGAUGACUAUAGAAGCGAAGAAAGAAAUGGGCAAAUCGCUGCAAUAUUGGACCAGAAGAACUAUGUGGAAGAACUAAACAGGCAGCUCAAUUCUACUGUUCAGGGUCUGCAGGGGCGUGUGGACUCGUUAGAGAAAUCCAAUUCCAAACUCAUUGAGGAGUUGGCAAUAGCCAAAAACAACAUCAUCAAACUACAGGAAGAGAACCAUCAACUAAGGAACGAGAAUUCCUUAAUUAUCAUGAAGGCUCAGCGACGUCUCGAGGUUACUCAGGGGGACGUAAACUGUGAGCUGGACACCUAUAAACAGUCCAGGCAGGGCCUGGAUGAAAUGUACAACGAGGCACGGAGGCAGCUUAAGGAGGAGUGUCAGCUCCGGCAGGAUGUGGAGAACGAGCUGGUGGUGCAGGUUAGCAUGAAGCAGGAAAUGGAACUGGCCAUGAAGCUCUUAGAGAAGGACAUCCAUGAGAAGCAGGACACUUUGAUUGGACUUCGGCAACAACUAGACGAGGUUAAAGCCAUCAAUGUGGAAAUGUACCAGAAAAUGCAGACAUCCGACGACGGCAUGAAGCAGAAAAACGACAUGAUCGCACGAUUGGAGGAGAAAACCAAUCAGAUAACGGCUACGAUGAAACAGCUAGAGCAAAGAUUGCAGGAAGCAGAGAGGGAGCGACUCAGCACUGAGGACGGAGUGCGCAGGUUCAAGCAGGACUUUGCCAACAAAGCAGACAGCCUCCAAAAGCAGAUCGCUCAGAGAGAGAAGCAGAUGUUGCAGCUGGAAACAGACUUGAAAAUCGAGAGGGAGUGGCGACAAACUCUACAGAACGACCUGGAAAGAGAGCAAGAGACCAUCAGCCAACUGAGGGCUGAAGCUCAGCAUAUUAAUGUGCUCAAGAAGGAGUUUCACAGAUUGCAGGAUGAAAACACGCAGCUGAAAGGGAUCUGUGAGGAACAAGAAAAAGCACUAGAAGAGCUGGGCUGCAAGCUCAGCGAAUCAAAACUGAAAAUUGAGGACAUAAAGGAGGCCAAUAAAGCACUUCAGGGUGGGCAGGUAUGGCUUAAGGACAAAGAUGCCACACACUGCAAACUUUGUGACAAAGAGUUCUCCAUCUCCAGAAGGAAGCAUCACUGUAGGAACUGUGGAGAAAUCUUCUGCAACGCUUGCUCAGAUAACGAGUUACCCCUCCCUGCUUCCCCGAAGCCUGUGCGAGUGUGUGAUACGUGCCAUGCUCUGCUGCUCCAGCGCUGCUCCUCCAACGCCACAUAAGAUACGCAUCAGCGUGUGCUGCCCAAGCGGCCGGCUUUGGCUUUAAACGUGCCGUGAUUUCCUGCAGUGUGUCAAGUUACAACGCAAGUGACCAAAAUGGCUGUUUCCCAGUGUUUGAAGUUUACAUUUCAUGCAGUUCUCCCCAUGGACAGCGUGGAAGUGAGGUAGCUGUUUCACGUUAAGUGCCCAGUGAAGGAUGUGGGUACGGUGAACAUACUGGUUCAAGCCCUUGUUUUUUUUUUUUUUUAAUAUUCACUGCCUUCAGCACUACAACUGAGCAGCACUAAAGUGUACACUAAUUCUCCAAACAAGUGAACAACAUUCCAGUCUCUGUUGUGAGGAACGCAGGGCGAACAGUACAUUCUUUUGUACGGUGUUAAAACAAAGCUGUAUAAUGAAAAUACGGAGGGUGUUUUAUCAAAGUUUAUUUUGUAUUAAAAUGAAUGUGUGCCUGUCUGAGAAGCACCAUGCCUCUCAAAUAGGCAAAACUUUUUAAGAAGGCACUAAUGUUUUCGAUGCUGCUCGAGUUCAAUUGGGACGGAUCCAUGAAAUAGCAAUCAAUCACGACGUCCUGAACAAAGUAUUGUUCCACACUAUAGUACAUUACAGGCUGUACUUAGAUGCCAAGACUUUUCCUAAACUGCAGAUCUAACUGCUGCUUGCCUCCGAUGUUUAUUACGGUUUGUCGUAAUGAGUAAACUGUUAUGGAAACGGUUGUUAAAAUGACAAUAAGUUUCGAAUAUUACGGUGUACGGACCUGUGUACGUUUCUUUAAAUCACUAAACCAAAUCGAGUUUC